UUUAUAUAUAAUGUAAGAAGUAAAGAAGGAGCUUAAAUUAAUCAUCGUUGGUGACGGAGCCAUAGGCAAAACUUGUGCUUUGUUCAGCUAUGUGAAUGAUAAAUUCCCAACAGAAUAUGUGCCGACUGUUUUCGAUAAUACAAUUACUUAAGUUGAAAUUAAUGGAGAAUAGUACUAGUUGUCUUUAUGGUAUUUAAUCUAUAAAAUAUUUGCAGGGAUACAGCUGGACAAGAAGGCUAUGAACACUUGAGAUAAGUAUGUUAUUAAGGAACAGACAUCUUCUUGGUUUGCUUUUCCCUAGUGAGUGAUGUCAGUUUUGAAAAUGCUUUAAAAAAAGUAAUAGAUCUGUUCACUUUUAGUGGCUACCUGAAAUCUCAUUAUACAACAAAAAUGGGUUUAUUAUGUUUUUAGGGCUGAAAAAGGACUUGAGGGAUCCCAAAAAUCUCAAUCAUAUAUAAACUUAAGUUGCAGAAUCAACCAUAAAGAAGAUGGGCUUCCAAUAUAGAGAGACAAGUGCUAUGACUUAGGAUGGUUUAAAGGAGGCCUUUACAUUUUCGAUCUAAAGCCUCAUCAAAUCAAGACAAGAACAGUAGAAAACAAAAAAACCCAAGAAAUCAAGCUGCUAGUUGAUUUGAUAUUAAUUAUUAAAAA